ACUCCAAAGACGAAAGGAGGCCGCAAAAAAAACUCUUCAAACGGAGUUACGUCAUCUGUUGCCGACGACCAGGAAGCGAGACGACUCGAGUGAGGACUGAGAGGGCCCUAUGAAGCGGAAACACCAACUCCUUUCUGAUAGUUUCAAGGCCAAGAAGCAAUGGCCUGCUCCGAGUGACGGAUCUGAGUCUUCUGGACAGGACGGCCCCGCGGCAGUCGAAGCUGCUCUCCAGAAUCUGGUAUCUCUCUUCCCUCGUAAAGUAUUUGAAGAUUCCCUGCCGCCUUUGAUUCUGAGGCAUCAGAUCUACAGUCUUGUCAAAGAUCGUACGGUGGUAGACAGGUAUCUGAGCCAGCUGAAAAAUGAGGGCCGGAUCCGAAUGUUUCAGCACGGUUUUGAAGCGGAUUUUUUUGUGGUGGCCUUCACGGACAGCUACAUAUCUAAGGUGCAAGAAUUUAUAUCGGGGAAGGAGUUCGCCGGGACGGUGAAGAAGUUUUUAGAUUCGGUCCUUACCUCCUGCCCUGACAUCAGUUUUGACAAGAAAACGAUGUUGAGAGACUUUGGCUUUAGGGACACAGAAAUCACGCAGCUGGUGAAUGCUGGAGUCUUGACUGUCCGUGAUGCCGGGAGCUGGUGGCUCGCUGUGCCUGGAGCAGGCCGCUUCAUCAAAUGCUUCAUCAAAGGAAGGAAAGCUGUCUUGGGGAUGAUCCAGAAAUCCAAGUACAAGGAAGUCCUCCUGUCUGAUUUGCAGAGCCGCCAAGCGCCCAAUGCUGUGAAACUGGGCCUUCCCUACCAUAUUCACGACAUCAUUGGAGCCCAGCUGGUUGACUGCGUGCCAACGACCUCUGGGACCCUCCUGCGACUAACAGAUGAUUAAAAAUGUGCCAAGCAGAGAACUGUGCCCAAAAUAGACUUUUUAGAUUUUUUUUUUCACAUCGGGAUUCGGAGUUUUUUUUUUAAAAUGAGCUUCCGGCAUUAGUGGGACCAGAAGAAACUUUUCCUCAGCAAAGUAACCUUCACUGAUCUAGAAAUUGCACUUAACACAGGAGCUCCUUGUAGGAAACUAUCGUAAACGGAUUGGGAUUUCCCACAUUAAUGGUUACAUGCGUGGGCCUGAAUUGAGAGUAAAAUAAAAUGAUACAGUCCUUCUCCAUGAAUUGUAGAGGCUGAAGUAAGCUUUCUGUCCUAGGCCUCCCCAAAAGCACUAAGUCAAUUCUGAGUUCCAGCAAAACCUCUUUUAUUACAUUAAUGUGAAUUUAUUUCAUUCACAAUCAGCCAAUGGCUUGGCAAACAGUCUUGCAAAGGUAUACGAAUUACCUCAGACCUUUAUCAAUUCUGGAACGCUGCCUGGUAAAAUUCCACACUCAGUGCUGACAGGGAAGGGCUGGGUUAUAUAGACCAAUUUUCACGAGACUGAAACAGACGGACGAGCAAGUUGUUUUCUGCAAAAGCCUCCUCCCCUUUUGCUUCUCUUUUAAUCCUGAUAGGAGGGGCCAUUCAUCGUCCACCUAUGGCCUUACUCCCACGUCGACCCUGAGUUCUUAAUUGUGCCUUCCUUUUGGCAGCUCUGCGCAUGCACAGGCUGGGAACCGGUUCUAGAAGCUCCCGUGCCUCACUGCUGUCCGAGCCCGAAGGCAGCUGAUGACUGCUAGCCUGCUCUGGCCCCAUCUCUGCCUCUGAUGCAGAGCCCUCAUCCGGGCCUUCCUCAGCCUCCAGGACUGGCCCGGGUUCCUCCCCAACCUCCUCACUACUGUCCGACUGCUGCCAGCUCCACCAGCCAUUGGCGGGCCACAACAAUAGCGAGAUACACUCCCUGGUUGGUUCAUUCCUUGUGUAUGGUGUUAGAUAUUUAUUCUGUAUACCUUGAAUAUGGGUUUACAAUGGGUAUGAAUUUAGUCACUUGUUGCAAAAACAAAAGAAGUUUGGAACGUGUCUUUAAAUGGAAUUUAAAAAACCCAAAGGA